AUGUCUACAGAGACUGGAAUCGAUGGCUGGCUUAGGUAUGCUGCCUUGCCAGCGGAAAUCAAAGCGACACAUCGCCAAUACUCAAAGGUCGUUGUCUUGGACGAAUCUGAAACAAGUCCAGUCUACACAGCUGGAAAGGAGCUACAACAGGGACUCAAGAGAAUCCUUGGUCAAGAGGUCAGCAUCUCCUUUGAUCCGAGCGAUAAUCUCCCGGGCUCUGUUAUUGUUGGCACUACCGGGGCAUUCGCAGCCAAUGGAGGCGGGGAAAUCAUAUCGCUCAAAGAAGAUGGAUUCUGGCUCAACACCCAGGCCGAAAACAAUUGUGUUCAAAUUCUUGGUCAGAAUGAUCGCGGCGCUCUUUAUGGUGCCUUCGAAUACCUGAUGCGCCUGGCACAAGGAAAUUUCGCACCCUUAACGGGAGCCCACAAUCCCAGCGCACCGAUACGAUGGGUCAACCAGUGGGACAACCUAGAUGGAAGUAUCGAGCGAGGAUAUGCAGGUCCAUCAAUCUUCUUCCGGGAUGGUGAGGUUGUCAAGGAUAUGACGCGCAUCGCCCAGUUUGCUCGUCUCCUUUCCUCCAUCCGGUUGAAUGCCGUGGUCGUCAACAACGUCAACGCAAACCCCAGGCUCUUCAAUGAAACAAAUUUGAACGGCCUUCGUCGCAUAGCAGAUACUAUGCGUCCUUGGGGUGUGCGUAUCGGAAUCUCUCUUUACUUCGACUCGCCUAGAGAGUUCGGUGGUCUACCUACCUCCGACCCACUCGAUCCUGCCGUCAAUGACUGGUGGAAGGACAUUACGGCGAAGAUUUAUGAAAGAGUGCCUGAUAUGAUUGGGUAUACCAUUAAAGCGAACUCAGAAGGCCAACCGGGACCCCUCACUUAUAACCGCACAUUGGCCGAUGGAGCAAACAUGUUUGCCAGGGCACUGAAGCCAUACGGUGAUGCCGUUGUCAUGUACCGGGCCUUUGUUUAUAAUCACCACUUGGAGGAAUCAGAGUGGAAGAAUGACCGAGCGAAUGCCGCGGUGGAAUACUUCAAGCACUUGGACGAAGAGUUCGAGGACAACGUCAUUGUCCAGAUUAAAUGGGGUCCCAUUGAUUUCCAAGUCCGAGAGCCACCAUCACCGUUACUAGCCAACCUACGGAAAACCAAGGCUGUCAUCGAGUUCCAAGUUGCUCAGGAGUAUCUCGGACAACAAUCCCAUUUCGUCUAUAUGGCUCCGCUGUGGAAGGAGAUUCUGGACUUUGAUAUGCGAAUCGAUGGGAAGCCAUCCCCAAUUCGGGAUAUCGUCUCCGGUGAGCGUCUAGGCUGGAGUCGCAGCGGAUAUACCACCGUCCUCAACAUUGGUAGCGAUGAUACAUGGAUUGGUCAUCACCUCUCCCUAUCCAACCUAUACGCCUACGGUCGGAUGACUUGGGACCCAUGUUCUGAUCCGACAUCUAUUAUUCAAGACUGGACCCGUCUCACCUUUAGCUUGGAUCAAACGGUCGUGGACACUGUGACCAAGAUCUCCAUGGAGUCCUGGCCUACAUAUGAGAAUUACAGUGGAAACCUUGGUAUUCAGACACUCUGCGAUAUUAUCUACACGCAUUACGGCCCCAGUCCCGGUUCUCAGGAUGGGAACGGAUGGGGUCAAUGGACUCGCGCAAAUAGUCAUUCUAUUGGCAUGGAUCGAACUCUCGCUACGGGCUCGGGAAAUACUGCUCAGUAUCCCGCAGAAGUCGCUGCGGUUUUUGAGAAUAUCGAGACCACGCCUGAUAACUUGCUUCUUUGGUUUCAUCAUGUCCCCUAUACUCAUCGUCUCAAAUCUGGAAAGACGGUUAUUCAACAUUUCUAUGAUGCGCACUAUGAAGGUGCCGAGCAUGCUCAGACCUUCCCGAUGGAGUGGGCGAAGCUGAAGGGUUUGAUCGAUGAUCACCGAUUUGAGCACGUCGCAUUCAAACUGAAAUACCAGGCCGGUCACGCUAUUGUGUGGCGAGACUCGGUGAACUACUUCUAUUUCAACAAGUGUCAUAUUGCCGAUGAGAAGAAUCGCGUCGGGAACCACCUUUGGCGUAUUGAAGCGCAGAACAUGAAAUUGUCGGGGUACAAGGUCGUACCCGUUACCCCUGCUGAAGCGGCAUCGGGAGGAAAGGCCAUCAUCACUGAGUCGCGCGGUACCGCAGAAACAAAGCUCGACUUUCCGCCGGGAACUUAUGAUAUCGCGGUCAAUUACUACGAUCACCUCGGUGGGCGAUCAAAGUAUGAGGCUUUCCUCAAUACGCAGCUGAUUGGGUCCUGGUCUGGAGAUUUAGAGGAUAAACUUGGUCAUGAUUUCUCGGAGUAUUUGGAUGGACAUUCGGCUACAAGAGUUACUUUCCCUGGAGUUCCGGUGAUGACGGGCGAUAUCCUCAAGAUUGUCGGGCAACCCGAUGGUACGGAGUUUGCCCCCUUGGAUUACAUUUCCGUUUUGCCGGAAGGAACUAUUGAUUAA